AUGUGGGGUGCCCACCAGUUCUGCCAGACGCAGCGCCUUUCGCUCCCUCCUUGCCACACUAUACUCCAGUUUUUGCUUGGAUUUACUCUUGACAACGUGGUUGGAAUGUAUCUGGCUCAAAACUAUGACAUACCAAACCUGGCUAAAAAACUUGAAGAAAUUAAAAAAGACGUGGACGCUAAGAAGAAACCCCCUAGUUGCUGAAGCCAACUCCAUCACUGCCUUCUGGAUAAACUGUCUACUGUUCUCCAGGGCCUCCUUUACCGUCUGAACCAAAAGCUUUUGUUUUAAUCUCCAGCCUCAGCAGUUUUCGUUUUUGCUAGACUUUGCAUUGCCUUACAGCACAAAAGGGACCAGAAGUUAAGAACGACCCUUAUUUCUCCAACAUCCUCACUUCUUCC